AUGUCGGUCCCCUUCACCUACCACGCUAAGGCGCAAUCCACUUUUAAGCCGCCACUUAUUGCCAACGAGAAUGCUUUCCUCGGCGACAUCGAGACCAGUGAAAAGGAGAACCCCGACAAGCCCAUGUCGGCGGGCUUCUAUCGACUGGAGAAAGGCACCCCACUGGUGUACACCUACACCUAUGACGAAAUGAAGAUCAUUUUGGAGGGGAAAUUUGAAAUCUCCGACGAGACGGGCCAGAAGGUGACGGGGACUCCGGGCGAUGUGUUUUAUUUCCCCAAGGGCGCGACCAUCACUUUCACGACGGAGGAUUAUGGACUAGCAUUCUACACGGGCCAACGAAAGCAGGGCGCUGCGUGA